CCGUAGUCCCUGAGCGGCCGCCCAAACAUCAACACGGUGCCGCGCCUCGCCCCUCAGCACGGUAAUAUUCUGUCCCCCUGGGUUAUAUUCACGUGCCAGCCCGCCCUGCCGCCUCACCCGUGCCUGCUGGAGGACGGGCGGCCGGUGAUUCCCGUGACCUCCCCGCAGGACACCGCCGAGGCAGGCAGUGGCAGGCCCUGACAACUCGUCCAGAACAACUCGGUGCCGCCGCCGCCUCCAGGCCUCCAGGUGCACGCCAGCCCUCCUGCAGAAGUGGACACCUGGACAAGAUCCAUCCCCUUCCCCAGGACACAUCAUCACGACAACAGCAGCCACCAGCACCCUGCACAUGCCGCACACCCCGAGACACCUCCUCCUGCCCCGCCCAGGCACUCCCCUGCCCGUCCUUCAGCCCCCCUUGCCAUGCCUCACACCCAGUGACAGUGAGGAUUGAGACCGUCACAGGCUCGGCAGCAGUGCGGUGAAGGUAAAAUAAAUGAUUCUUGGGAUGGGAACAAUGGAAGACAAAGAGAAAGAAACAGGCAUUAGAAAACCAAAGAUGAAGAAGAAAAGAAAAAUGAAUGAUGAUACUUUACAAGAUAGCAAUGUCACCAAGAAGAAAAAGAAGAAAACUACAGAUAAAGAGGAAGAGAAUGAAUCAUAUAUAAAUUCAAUACACAAAAAGAGGAAGAGUGAAGAGAGUAAAAAUGAUUGGAUAGAGAGACAUGAAAGUGAAAGAACAGAAGCAGAACAAGAUGAACCAGUGACCAAGAAGAGGAAGAAAAAGAAGAGGAAGCAUGAAAAGGAAGUAGAAGAAUAUGCGAUAAGUGAAUCUCCUGUGCCAAAAAAGAAGUUGAAAAAGAAGAAAAAGAAAAGAGAAAAGGCAGAAGAAGAUACAUUAGAUUCUUCAUAUGUGCACUCCUUUAUUCAAUCUCCCCCUGUGGCAGAAAAGAGAGAUGAAAGAGGAGAAAGAAUAGAAAAAGAGAACCAACAUGCAGUUACUGAGCACACAUUUCUGAAGCCUUUCCCAGUACAAAAGAAAAUAAGAAGAAAAAGAGAUAAACCAAAUUCAAACAUGGACCAAGGAAGUGAAGAAGGAAGAGUAGAGGAAAAACAUGAAAAAUCAAACUCCUGCCGAAAGAAGAGAAGAAAAGAAAAGGAAAGAGGAAAAAUGGAAGAAAAGCAGAAAUCACAUACAAAACAAAAAAUAUCAGAUGAAAAUGAGGAGGAGGAAGAAAACCAAAAGAAACCAAAUUGGGAAGAGAGAGAUAGAAGAAUAAAAACACUCUCAUACCCAAACCAAAAAACAACAGAUGGAGACAUAAAUGAGGAAGGAGAAAACCAGGGAGAGGGAAAUAGAAGGAAAAAACUAACAUACCAUAACCAAACCACAACAGAUGAUGACAAAACAGAAAAAGAAAACCAAGCCAAACCAGACCAGAGAAAGGGAGACCGAAGGAAAAAAACACCCUACCCUUACGAAAACACAACCGAUGAAGAUGAUGAGAAAGAAGAAAACCAGAAAGAGGGAGACAGAAGAAGGAAAAAAACACUAUCGUACCCUCACCAAAACACAUCCUCAGAGCAACAACAAAAAGAGGCAGCAACGAAAGCCACCAAACCUCCAGGCAUCACAUCUCGCUUAGCAUACAACGGCUUACAUGGCUGGGAGACCGACACCUCCACCGACGACCUGGACUUCAACGAUGACCAGUACCACCAGUCCCCAGCAGCCAUCAGGAGCCGAGUGAUGGCGGCGCAAGGGAAGCCCCCCCCGCGGAGCACUGUGCUGUAUUCCGAGGGUGAGGAGGUGGAGGGGUUUGUGCCGGAUCCGAGCUAUGGUGAUGACGAGCUUGUCCCCGUGGAGGUGCCCCCGGACCAGCGCUCAUCGCCGGGGUUCAUGGUCAAGCAGAGGGAGAUCCCCACCCUGGAGGAAGCCAUCUACAAAUUUCCCUCAGGGGUCGGCGUACCCCCUGAGGAAGUGGAGGAGGUGGAUGACACAGAGAACUACUGGAUCGUGAAAGAGAGGGCCCUCCAUCCGCUGAAGUAUGCGGAGGAGGCGAAGGAGGACAUUGAUGCCAAGAUAGAGAGCAUUGAGGACUACUUUCAGAGGCUGCAGUACGGCCAACUCACCGACAAGGAGCUCAAGGAGACGAGGCCGGAUAAUUUUGAUGAGCCGUUUUACCCAACGCCUCGCCAACUUCAGUUCCUGGACUCGCUCAGCAUCCAAAUCAACUGGCGGCUGAGCGACCUGCACAAGUACCACCUGCACACCCUCACGCUGCCCCAGAAGACCCGGGCGCAGUGGCUCGGCAUGAAGGUCUUUGCCGACACCUCGCGCUUCUCUCUCAGGGAGGACAAGGUGAUCGUGAGGAAUUGGUUUGCUUUCCAGAAGGAAUACGAGUUCUACGACCUUCGUCCGCUGGUGUCAGUGAGGACGGCGCGGGUGGUGCGGGAGUGCGGGCAGAUGGCGGUGCAGCCCUAUGAGUACCUCAGCCAGGCCAACAAGGUGCACUUCCUCCUCUACCUGGCCAAGGACCUCCCCACACGAACCCUGGCACAUAUCAACAGAAGGAUACUCAAGCUCCUUCCGUUCCUGCGCGGCCGUCGUCUCCUGCGCCAGUCCCAGCCCGUGACCGGCCCCAUGCUGGCCCGCUUGCUCUACGUGAUGCAGCUCUUCGGCGCCGACAUGCUGGCCGCUGAGCUCCUGCUGGGUCGCUCGCUGAGGCCAUACUACAUGCGCUGCUUCAUCAACCACAUCAUGCUAAGGGAUAUCAAGUUGCGUGUCGGUCCGUGGCGAGUGGAGGAGGAUGAGAGGUUCCUGCGAGGCCUGAAGGAGGUGCUGAAGGUCAGGAGCUACGAGGAGGCCUACAGGAUGCGCCGCGUGCCCUGGAUGGCCAUAUUCCCCUACGUCAGGACUCGGAGCGUCAAAUACAUGCGCCGGCGACUGAUUGUGUUGGCCAGCCGUGAGGGUGAGACGGAGCAACCAUCAAACAAGAGGAAGCUGCUGGCUAAAUUUAUCAGGCUGCUGUACGACGAGCAGGUGGACAACUUCACACACCUGGACUGGGAGGCGUUGGCCCGGCAGGUGGGGGCCACCAACCCUAUACGUCUGGUGUGGGUCUUCCGGAAGCUGUACUUCAACAAGGUACCUUACCAGCACAGGAAUACAGUGCCAGAGGGCCUCAAGUACAUGUAUGAGCACAUUGUUCCUUUCUACGAGGGCUAUGAUCCUCGCAGAAUACCCCAGCCCGGCGACCCCGACUACCAGGAAAACCAGUCUGCCCGCCGCCCUGACCCCGCCAACCCCAGCAAUGACCUUGACCCCAACCAUGACCCCAGGAACCUUAGUAGUGACUCAGACUUAAGUAAUGACCCUGCAAGCCUUAGCCGGGUCAGUGAUAUGCUAGAUGACACAGACAGUGACCUGGAUAUUGAGUCGUCUAACACUAGUAAUGAACCGCAGAACCCCAGAAUAGGUAACAAGAGUUCAGGUGGUGCCCAUAAGACCAGUAAAUCAGACUCUAGUGAUUAUAAAAAGUCAAGAACCACUCCAGAUGACCACAAGAACACCAGAAUAGAUAACAGGAAUCCAGGUGGUUCUAGUAUGAGUAAAACAUUUGUCUCUAGUGAUUCUAAUAAGGUCAGAACCACUCCCGGUGACCUCAAGAAUAAAGAAAGAGGUGAUAAUUGUAAAGCUAAUCACAGGAACCAAAGAAUAUCCAAUCCCAGUGAAGAGAAUCAAGGCGUGAAUAGUAAGAAAGUUGACACUGAUCUUACUUCUGACCCGACAAGAUUUAGAAAGGGCAGGAGUAACACACAAGAGGUCAGCAGCAUCCAUCAACAAGAUCUCUGGAACUUAAAAAAACAAAUGAAGGAAAUCACGCCUACUUCAAGUCUGUCCCAACCUCAGCGAUUUAGAGGUGGCUCAAUGACCUCUGAAGACUUCAACCUCUCUGAUACUGAUGAUGACGAUGGUGGUGAUGAUCUCGACACAUCCUCUGACAGUGAUGGGGGUGACUUUGAGCUUGAAACACUUGGUCAGGCUGUGCGGAGGAGUGUUAGAUAAGAAAGGAAAAUGUAAGUAGUUAAGA